CUCUUCUUCAAAUUCCUCCCCAAAAUGUCCUUUCCCAACAGCUCUCCUGCUGCUAAUACUUUUUUAGUAGAUUCCUUGAUCAGUGCCUGCAGGAGUGACAGUUUUUAUUCGAGCAGCGCCAGCAUGUACAUGCCACCACCUAGCGCAGACAUGGGGACCUAUGGAAUGCAAACCUGUGGACUACUCCCGUCUCUGGCCAAAAGAGAAGUGAACCACCAAAAUAUGGGUAUGAAUGUGCAUCCGUAUAUACCUCAAGUAGACAGUUGGACAGACCCGAACAGAUCUUGUCGAAUAGAGCAACCUGUUACACAGCAAGUCCCUACUUGCUCCUUCACCACCAACAUUAAGGAAGAAUCCAAUUGCUGCAUGUAUUCUGAUAAGCGCAACAAACUCAUUUCUGCUGAGGUCCCUUCGUACCAGAGGCUGGUCCCUGAGUCCUGUCCCGUUGAGAACCCUGAGGUUCCUGUCCCUGGAUAUUUUAGACUGAGUCAGACCUACGCCACCGGGAAAACCCAAGAGUACAAUAACAGCCCCGAAGGCAGCUCCACAGUCAUGCUCCAGCUCAACCCUCGCGGCGCGGCCAAGCCGCAGCUCUCGGCCGCCCAGCUGCAGAUGGAAAAGAAGAUGAACGAGCCCGCAAGUGGCCAGGAGCCCGCCAAAGUCUCCCAGGUGGAGAGCCCCGAGGCCAAGGGCGGCCUUCCAGAAGAGAGGAGCUGCCUAGCUGAGGUCUCCGUGUCCAGUCCCGAAGUACAGGAGAAGGAAAGCAAAGAGGAAAUCAAGUCUGAUACUCCAACCAGCAAUUGGCUCACUGCAAAGAGUGGCAGAAAGAAGAGGUGCCCUUACACUAAGCACCAAACGCUGGAAUUAGAAAAAGAGUUCUUGUUCAAUAUGUACCUCACCCGCGAGCGCCGCCUAGAGAUCAGUAAGAGCGUUAACCUCACCGACAGGCAGGUCAAGAUUUGGUUUCAAAACCGCCGAAUGAAACUCAAGAAGAUGAGCCGAGAGAACCGGAUCCGAGAACUGACCGCCAACCUCACCUUCUCUUAGGUCCGAGGCCCGUCAGAGGCCAGGAUCGGAGAGGGGGCACCAACUUCCAGAGCCGAGUGCUGGAGGACUGGGAAGGCGGAAACAAAACCUUCAUUGCUCUUUGUUUUUUGUUUUUGUUUUUUUUUUGUUUCCUGCUAGAAUGUGACUUUGGGGUCAUUCUGUUCGUGCUGCAAGUGAUCUGUAAUCCCUAUGAGUGUAUAUAUAUAUAUAUAUAUAUAUAUAUAUAUAUAUAUAUAUAUAAACUAGCACAUGUAAU